AUGUUGUUUCGCAGUGUACAAUGCGCACUAUUGAUAAAAACGUACAUCAAAUGUUGGGUCAAAUUUACAAUUACGUCAGGCCUUGGAACUCCCAGCGAAUGGUUCAAGUUUUUCACUUCCGACUCUCCUUUCCUCUCCGAAGCCAUAAGCCCUCGUCUUCGGGGAACGAUUGAUUUAAUGCUGUCUGACUUGGUGACCUCUUCAGCAGCUGCUGCUGCAUAUGCGCUGCACGGACCAGACAGGGCUCAGCCCCCAUGGGAACAGCAACGGCCCGUUAAGAAUUUCUCUGAAGUAGCAGGACUGGUGGCGCGGCUCUUUCUAGGAGGGGAUUCUGAAGACAGUGUCGGGCUUGCGAAAAAAGAAAAACAACAAACGCCUCCCCCGCAACAGCUGCUGCAGCGCUCGGAGGAAGAAAAAAAGGCAACGAGUCAGCAGCAUUCCACCCCAAAAUUGAUCAUCACGCCUCACGAGAAUGCCGCAACAACAACGGCUCGUCAAAGGGAAACAGCUGCAACAAAGAUAACGGCAAAGUCACCAACAGCAGCAGUCGACACUGCAGGGACACGAACAGCCAAAGGUUCAACUCCAGCGGAACCAGCAACCCGGGAAGCUGGGGUAAAGCUCCCUGAGUCAGCGACAGCAGAUUCAAAGACUUUGGAGGCCCCUGCACUGGGCAGAGCAGCACGCAGAGAAGCGGGGGGAGGCAUUCGAGAGGCCGCCCUGCGGAGGACCAUCACAAGAGGCACUCUGAUGACGGAAGGCGACAUGGCAAAAGCUGAGGGGAAAUAUCAUCCUCCGGCAGCCGUAGUGACAGCAGCGGAAGGAAUAGCAGCACCCAAAGCACGUGCACCGGCUAUGGUUUCACAGCAAGGUAGGGCAGCAGCUACAGCACCAGGAAGGGAAGCUCCUGAGCCUGUUGCUUCUGCAGCAGCUGCAGCACCUAGAAGGGAAACAGUUGGGUCUCCUCCUGCAGCAGAAGCAGCAAGAUAUGAAAGGGAAGCUGCGCCGGUUGUCAAGACGGCUGUAGAACAAGCAACAGCAGAAAGUACAGCAAUGGAUGGUAGUCCUGCUAUGUCUGUUGUUGGAAGGUUAGCACCAGAGGCAGCAGGACCAGAAACACCUACGGGACAUCCCCUGCCUAUUCCUGAAUUGCCUGCAGAAGCAGCAAGUGAAGGUGCUUCUUUGGCUUCUGAAGAGGCACCAGCAGUAGCAUCAAGUGUGGGAGAGUCUGCUUCAUCUUCUGAAGUAACAGCAGCAACAAAAAGGGAAUCGGGUGAACGCAGUGCUACACCUGUUCGUGAAGCAACAGCAGCAGUAGCAUCACCCGCUGCAGAAGCAACGACAGCACCAAAGGCAGCAGACUCCGGAGCAGGACAGGAAGCUGGCGCAAGCUUUCGGCGGCUCCAGCAGGACAUCAGCGGAUGGGGUGACAAACCUAACCUGCAGGAGCAGCAGGAGCUUCUGCAGAAGCAGCUUCUCCUGCAGAAGCAGCUGAACGAGCAGCAAAUGCAACAACAGGAGAUGCAGCAGCACCUGCACGAGCAGCAGUUGCACCAGAACAUGCAACAGCACCACUUGAUGCAGCAACACAUGCAGCAGCAGCUGGCCCCGGUGAUGCGGGUGGACGUGGCAUUGGCACGACUGCCACAGAUACUGCCGGUCGCAGCAGCAGCAACCUCCCAUGCAAUGGAGGCUGUUGUAGGCACCACGAAAACCCUGGCUGCCGCAGCAGCAGCGUCAGCACAGGAUGCGCUUUCUAGAAGACAGCGAAACAGAGUAGCAGCAAAUCGGCAACACUAA